UCCGGUUAGAGUCUGAUAAAAGAAAACUAGAAAAGAGAGAGACAUGGAGGCAAGGAAGUCAGAAUUCAGCAUGAUCAUGUCAGUUCUUCUUCCAGUGUUUCUUCUCCAAUUGCCAAAACCAACAACAUCAGCAACGCCUCGCCUUCAGCCGAGCAAGCAUUUUAUCCUAGUUCACGGGGCAUGUCAUGGAGCCUGGUCCUGGUACAAGCUAGUUGCGUUGCUAAGAUCAGCAGGUCAUAACGUCACAGCUCUUGACUUGGCAGCUUCAGGAAUCAAUCCAAAGCAGGUCUACGAUGUCAAGUAUAUAUCUGAUUACUUUCAGCCACUGAGGGAUUUCAUGGCUUCCCUUUCUUCAAAUGAAAGGGUGAUCCUUGUUGGCCACAGUUUCGGUGGACUCGCAAUUUCGCAGGCCAUGGAAAUUUUCCCCGAGAAAAUUACUGUUGCUGUUUUUAUAACUGCUUUGAUGCCUGGUCCAGAGCUCAAAAUAUCCAUCCUUAACCAAGAGUCAUUCAGGAGACAGAAUUCUCUACUAGAUAGCCAUUUUCUUUAUGACAACGGACCAAAUAAUCCUCCAACUGCUUUUGUCUUUGGACCAAAGCACUUAUCAGCAAAAGUAUAUCAACGCAGCCCAAUUGAGGAUUUGGCACUGGCUACAAUGUUGCUGAGACCUUUAUUCCUGUACAGCGAAGAGGACAUGACAAAAGAGCUAAUGUUGACGACAAGGAAUUAUGGAUCUGUUAGUCGUGUGUUUAUUAUAGCGGAUGAAGAUAAGCUGCAAGAGAAGGGUUUUCAGGAAUGGAUGAUACAAAAAAAUCCCCCUGAUGAAGUGGUUGAGAUCACAGGGUCUGAUCACAUGGUCAUGAUCUCGAAGCCAAUUGAGCUCUUGGUUCGUCUUCUAGGAAUUGCUGGGAAGUACUCUUGAUUAGUCACAGGGUCUGAUCAUACGAUUAGUUUUGCUCUUUUGUUAUUUAAAGACUUGUUCAUUCAGUCACUGAAAUGGACAUUUAUGGUAUUCAAGUCUUCCAAGUAAUACACAAUUUUGCUCCUCUAUUGAAAAGCU